AUGGUGAAUUUCCUCUCCAUUUUCUCUUUUGCUUGUGCUAUGGCGCUCUCAUUCAUAGAUGCCUACAAUGGUAGUGGAUUUAGUGUCGAACUAGUCCACCGGGACUCGCCCGAUUCUCCUUUCUACAAUCCAUCGGAAUCUCAAACGAAAAGGUUGACUAACGCCAUACAACGUUCUCUCAAUCGAGUCAAUCACUUUACCAAAAAUUCAGCCUCAAUAAAAAAUGGAGCACAACCUCCAAUUAUCCCCAACAAUGGUGAAUACUUAAUGAACAUAUCGAUCGGUACUCCGCCUUUUGGACUUCUAGCGAUAGUAGAUACUGGAAGUGACCUUAUGUGGAUACAAUGCAAGCCUUGCACGAAUUGUUACAAGCAAAUCGACCCUCUUUUCGAUCCCAAAUCGUCUACGACCUAUCGAAAAGUCUCUUGUAAAUCAGAGAGAUGUCAAUCGUUGGACAACACCUCUUGCGAUGAUGACGGGACGUGCCGGUAUAUGAUCUCAUACGCUGAUAAGUCGCACUCAAUUGGGCAUGUAGCAAAUGAGACACUAAGCAUGGCUACCGGUUCCAAAACUGGCAGCGGCCUUGUGUCGUUUCCUGGAUUCACAUUUGGAUGCGGACAUGACAAUGCGGGGUCAUUCAACGAGAAAGGUACAGGAAUAGUUGGUCUCGGAGCUAGUUCUGUUUCAUUGAUUUCCCAACUCGAUACCUCGAUUUCCGGAAAGUUUUCAUAUUGUUUGGUGCCAUUUUCGGAGAGGAAAAGCUCAAGCAAGCUAAGGUUUGGCAGCGAGGCGGUUGUUUCCGGUGCGAAAUCAGUGUCUACUCCAUUAAGUAGAAACAUUUUUCAUCCAGUUUUCUACUAUUUGACCCUUGAAGCCAUUACUAUUGGAGAUAAGAGACUAAAGGUUAAUGGGAGUUCUUCAAGUACUGGUGAUGAUCCGGGCAACAUUAUCAUUGAUUCAGGGACUACAUUGACACUAUUGCCUUCAAAUGUCUACGCAAAGAUGGAAUCACAAGUGGCUAAGAGCAUUGAAGCAAAACCAGUUAAAGAUCCAAGUGGAAUAUUGAGUCUAUGUUACAAUUCUACAGCUCAAUUCAAGGCUCCCUCCAUGACAAUGCAUUUCAGUAAUGCAGAUUUGAAGCUCAAUGAUUACAACACAUUCGUCGAGGUCGCGGAGGGAGUUGUGUGCUUGGCGUUUGGAGCAAACGAUGAUUUAGCGAUAUAUGGGAACAUAGCGCAGGCUGGAUUCUUGGUUGGUUAUGACCUUGGAAAGAAGACUCUUACCUUCUUGCCUACCGAUUGUUCCAAAUCUUGA